AUGGCAUUGAUCAUAUUCCUUGCUGUGUCUCUACUCCUUCAUGGAGCUCUAGGUGAGCUUGUAUGUGAGCAACUGCCUGUUGAGCUGUGCUCAUACUCAGUUGCAUCUUUUGGUAAGAGAUGCUUGUUGGAAACUUUCGCGACCGAGGAGGACCGAGAGGUUAUUUACCAAUGCAAGACCUCGGAGGUGGUUGUUGAUGUGAUUCAAGAACGGAUUGAGAGUGAUGAAUGUGUUAAUGCAUGUGGACUUGAUAGGAAUACUGUUGGUAUCUCUUCAGAUACUCUAUUUGAGCCUCAUUUAUUGGCUAAACUUUGCUCAAGUGAUAGCUACCAAUCUUGCCCUAACAUUAUUGAUCUCUACUUCAAUUUGGCAUUGGGAGAAGGGAUAUAUUUGCCCGAUAUAUGUGCUAAUCCUCGCCACGCCUUGUCUACGACUAGAAGUUCUAGUGAUGCAAACUCUAAUCCGAUCUUUGUCGAGGUCACCGCAGCCUUUGCUCUCGUCUCCAGUCAUGUUGGCUUGGCUUGCGCUCCAACUACCAUAUGAUCUCUAGCAGAUGUAGUAUUAGGGUCAUCCAAGAGCAGAAAAUUGAGCAUCGAGUAUGUUACAAUUUUAUGUUACUAUAUAUUGCAGUUAUGUAUAUGAAGGAGAAACUCUUAAAUAGAUUUAUCCGCAGACAAUCAAUAGUUAAGAU